CUAUAAACAAAAAAAAACAAUUUUCAAACUCCACAUCGACUUGCUUCAGUGACAACGACAUUCAAGUAGCGACCGUGUAUACAAUCACCGUUUACUGUACAUAAUAGUAUUAUUAUAGUAUAUACAGCUACAGUCAUUUGUUAAACAUGCUCCGAUUAGCACGCUACUCCCGCCGUACCUGGCUUCGCCAGCUGCAAGCCAACCGCUCCUUCGCAACAACCCGCUCGCAAGCCAAGCAGGCCACAAAGAACGACGAUAGCUUCGUCGAGAUCAACAGUGCGUCCGAGAAAGAGCGCGAGGAUUUCUUCAGCUACACGUGGGGAAGUUGGUUGAAGAACGACAAGCAGGAGAAAGAGAAACGGUAUACUCCCUUUUCGGUCGAAGGCAUCAAUGACGUCGUCCGCCAGUUCCGGAACGAGAAGGAUACGGUCGCACCUGCGCAAGUGAAAUCGGUUGCUAGUCUGAGUGAAGGCAAGCAUCACCGCAUCUACCUGGUUCAGAUGGACGACCAGUCGCAGUAUAUCCUGAGGAUUCCUUAUCCUCUCGAUUUGAGCUGGGAAGCGAGAAGGGCACGUAUGCAAUCAGAAGUUGCGACGAUGGACUUCAUGCGGAAGAAAUGGGACAUGCGCAUUCCAAAGGUUGUCUCUUGGUCGCCGACCGCUGACAACCCGAUCAGAAGAGAAUACAUGAUGAUGGAAUACGUAUCGGCAACGAAUCUGAUGUCAAAAUGGCACCCGAUCCAGGGUAGUAUCGCCGAUCGUGCCCCGGCAUUGGGAGUUGUCGUCAAUCUCCUCGAAGGUAUCCUCGCCACUCGAUUCAAUGGAUUCGGAAGCUUAUACUUCACCGAGAACGUCGAUGCAAAGUUACAAGACAAGUUGCCUUACGAGGGCGAAGAGGACAAAGAGCUCGUCGACCGCUGGAGACUCGGUCCGUCAGUCGAAAGCAGCUUUUGGCAGAACGGUAUCGACCACGAGGGAUCCACCGACCGUGGUCCAUGGUACGACCCUCACGAUUACCUAGUAGCCGUCGCCAAAGCUCAUAUAACCGCAUACCGCGUCUUACUAUCCGAUCCCAUGGUGGCCACUUCUGAGCUCGGUCUCUUUCUGCCGACGUGGCUCGAUACCUAUGAAAAGUACGCCUAUGUCGCACCUCGUCUGAUCCCCGACGUUCCCGCAGACUCGGACCUUUUAUCACCGCGACUCUACCACCCUGACAUGGACCCCACCAACAUCCUCGUCAAGAUCGCAGAGGCCAAGGGCGAUGCGACCACCCCCUUCACGAUUCCUGGAACCAACAAGGCUUACACAGACCCUUAUCUUCUUGACUGGGAGGGAGCAAGCAUCAAGCCCUAUUUCCUCCACGGUGCGCCAAAGUUCAUCAACUACACAGGCUACAAGAUCUACAAGCCGGAGGAGGUCGAUCAGUACGAUCUGCUUCCCGAUCAACAAAAGCAGCAGAUCGACUAUAUGAUUGCAGCAACGGCAAACCAGUACUCGUUCGAGUUUCUGAUCAAGCACCACUUUCCCACUCUCAUCAACGCCUUCUCUCCUCAUGCCAAGACCUUGAGAGAGCCUUACAAAAUCGCGACUGCUUCGGACUACAAGUACCACCCGCUGGAAAUCGUCGAUCUCAGAGAUAGCCUGAUCAAGUUGCAGCAGUCCAAACCCGUCGAGCUGAAGGAUCUUGAUCAAAAGGGAGUCUUCACGGAGGAUGAUAUCGAGAAGCACCAGAUAAUUGCCGGUGAAUGGGACAAGACUGUUCAUCAGACGCCGUUCUAUUCUACUAAGGGAUGGCUCCCGCAGGAUAUGUUUGAGGAUUUGGUAAAGUCGAAGGAGCUGGUCAAGGACGCCAAUGGCAACUACGUUCGACCUUCCGCAGAUGGUGCUGACUCUAAAUCUACGUCUGAAUAAAAAGGACGAGACAAAUCAGCAGCACUCUACAAUUGUACAUAUUUUCUGUUUAUAUGGCAAAAGAACUUAAAUUAUAAAUAAAAC